AUGAGCCUGUCAAAGUUCGCCCGAUCGACCCUGCAGAUAAACAAAACAUGCGGGGUAGUCGAAGCACAGACGAAGAACAAGGCAACGGCGGUCACGUGUAGAGGGUUGCGAAAGAUUAGCAGCAGUAACAAUGUGCAGAACAAAUGGUACGCUCAGCUGGUCGCCAAGGAACUGGGGAAGCGUGCAAGAUUGAUGAAACAUUUUAGCACCGCAGGAGAAAGUUACGAAUUUAAGGCAGAGACGAAGAAGCUGCUACAGAUAGUUGCCCACUCGCUUUAUACGGAUAAGGAAGUAUUCAUUAGGGAGCUUAUUAGUAACUCCUCCGAUGCGUUGGAAAAAAGGAGAUUUACUCAAACAGCGUCCAUAAAAAGUGUAGAUGAUACGGUGGCAAAUGAAGCGGCAGAGAUUCCCCUGCACAUCAAGGUGUCUGCAGAUGCGAAUAAAAAUUUGUUCAUAAUUGAGGACAGCGGAAUUGGUAUGAACAAGGAGGAGGUGAUUGAAAACUUGGGAACGAUAGCCAAGAGUGGGUCUCUAAAUUUCCUAAACGCGUUAAAGGAGAAAAGCCGUAACGCAACUGAGGAGAGUAAAAACGCCUCUGAUCAAUCAGGUGAAAGAGGUGGUGAUAUUUCCAAACCUGGAGAUAACAUUAUAGGACAGUUUGGUGUAGGAUUUUACAGUUCCUUUGUCGUUUCGGAUGAAGUAGAAGUGUUCACAAGAUCACAUGAUGAUAACUCAGUUGGUUAUCACUGGAGGUCGGAUGGGAAUGGAACCUUCACGUUGAAGGAAGUGGAGGACCUCCCCAGAGGUACAAAAAUUGUUUGCCACCUUAAGGAGAGCUGUAAAGAAUUUUCUAACAUCCAUAGGGUUCAGGAAAUUGUGGAGAAAUUUUCCUCCUUCAUUAACUUCCCUGUUUAUAUCGUCAAUCGGAAGAAGGACAUAAAGGGGAGCAGCCGGUUGGUCAAGGGGGACGACCUGGAGAAUGAGGAGUCCCCUCUGCAGCAGGAGGGACUGAACAAAGAAGUAGAGAAGGAGAAAGCGAUGGACGGGACGGCAGAUGUGGAGGACGCCACUGCCGCUGCGGAUGCGCCUAAAGGGGAGACAGAAGGUAUGACAGAUGAAGUGCAGAUAAAUAAUCAGAAACCUUUAUGGUGUAAGGACAACGUGACGGAGGAAGAACACCAAAAGUUUUUCAAAUUUUUAUCAAAGAAAAAAAGCUACGAUGAUGACAAGGGAUAUGUAUACAAAGUAUUGUACCGAACAGAUGCGCCAAUGUCUAUAAAGAGCGUUUUCUACAUCCCAGAGGAAGCUCCAUCGAGGUUGUUCCAGCAGAGCAACGAAAUUGAAGUCUCCCUUUAUUGUAAAAAGGUCUUGGUGAAGAAGAACGCAGAUAAUAUAAUUCCAAAGUGGCUACACUUUGUUAAGGGAGUAAUUGACUGUGAGGACAUGCCGCUGAAUAUCAGCCGAGAAAACAUGCAAGACAGCACCUUGAUAAGUAAAAUUUCCAGAGUAGUAGUAACGAAAAUAUUGAAGACGCUAGAGAAAGAAUCCACAAGUGAUGAGGAGAAGUACCGAAAGUUCUACAGCAACUAUAGCUACUACUUGAAGGAGGGAGUGUUGGAAGAUUCUUCGAACAAUUUUUACAAAAACACGUUGAUGAAUCUGUUGCGCUUUUACUCCAUCCAGCAGAGGAAAAACAUUUCACUGAAGGAUUAUGUAGCCAACUUUAAAAAUUCACAGAAAAAAAUUUACUACUUUUGCGUGAACGAGUUAGAUGUAGCUUUGUCCUCCCCGUACAUGGAGCCUUUCAAAAAGCAGGGAGUAGAUGUCCUUCUUCUGUUUGAGGAAAUAGAUGAAUUUGUUCUCAUGAAUCUGCAGGAGUUUAAUGGGGCCAAGUUUGUUUCCAUCGAUUCUUCGCAGAAUGAGGACUUCGACCAGGAGCUGCUCAAUGCUAACCGGGGAGACGGCUCUAAAGUAGGCGAUAAAGAUGAUCCGUCCAACCAGGGGAAGAACCCCCCCAUCUUUAAUGAUAGCCAAAAGAGUGAGCUAGCCAAAUAUUUCAAAGACGUAUUGGGUUCUAAAUGCUCCGAUGUGAAAUUCUCUGACCGUUUAACAGAAUCUCCUGCAGUGGUUACUGGAUUUUUAUCCCCCACGCUGAGAAAAGUUAUGAAGGCCACCAUGAAGAAUAGCUCAUUCCAGGACAAUAGCAUGUUGCAUAAUUUACCAGCCACGUUGGAGUUAAACCCGUCUCAUACAAUUGUUACGUCGAUUUUCCACCUCAAAAAUACCAACCAGGAGGUGGCUAAAUUGUUGGUUCAGCAGUUGUACGAUAAUGCCUGUAUCGCUGCGGGUAUUUUGGAAGACCCCCGUUCGCUGUUGACAAAAUUGAACGAACUGCUUCUCCUCACUGCUAGAUAUGCUUACCAUUAUGAGAAGAAUACCGAUGGGGUGUCAGGUGUCCAGGAGGACCAGUCCCCCACUGACCCCAACGCCGGCAACGUAGACAGGGCCAUCCCCCCGACGGAAGCUAGCCCCGCCCAGGCGGACGAAGAGGAGAACUCCGCAAAGGAGGCCCAGGCGUCCAAAUUGUAA